GUAAAACUCAACACUUCAGCUGAUGUGCCGCUGAAAUUUUUCUGUGUGCACCAAACAUUUGUUUAUUAUUGUGUAAAUCGUUCAUUAUUUGUAAACCAAUUCCGACUCGUUAGUGAUAUGCUUUACCUCUGAUCAAGUGUUAAAUUUGUGAUAAUCGAAAGACUGUAAUCGAAACAUCAACAAAAAGUGCUCAAUUAUCAGUAAUUUAUGGAAUUGAGAACUUUAUCAGAUUCGAAAAGCCAGCUCAAUACUGAUUAACUAUAAAUAAGUUGGCAAAACAGAAGUUAUCAACUGGAACGUUCAGUGGGUAAAUAGAAACCCCAACAGAUUCCAAGCAAGCCCACCAAUUACACCCGAAGUCGGACGAAUAGAAACGAACCCCAAAUAGAUUGAGAUACGAGUGGAAAAUGCGAGUGCUUGGAUCCAGUAUGCUAACAGCCCUCAAGCGGCUCUCAACCCAAAACCCCACCACCUUGAUCGGUAAUAUUCGGCCUAUGAGCUCUAUUGGAACCAUGAGUCUUCCCGAACGUCAGCCCUUCUCUCCGGACUUCUUCUUCCGUCAACUGUUUGAUGGAGAGAGUAGCACCUAUAGUUACCUCCUUGCGGAUCUGAAGAACGGAGAGGCAGUGAUCAUUGAUCCUGUUUUGGAGCAGGCAAAACGCGAUGCACAGCUGGUGAAAGAUCUUGGAUUUCAAUUAAAGUACGCCAUCAAUACCCACAUGCAUGCGGAUCACAUAACUGGCAGCGGUUGGUUGCGGAAGUUGACGGGCUGUCAGUCGGUCAUUGCCGCCGCCAGUGGAGCAAAAGCGGAUCGCCACCUGAAGGAAGGGGAUCGCAUAGAUUUUGGAACCCAUGUGAUAGAUACUCUGGCCACUCCGGGACACACAAACGGCUGCAUGAGCUAUGUGAUCAAAGAUCAGGGUUGCGUCUUCACGGGGGACACCGUCCUCAUUCGAGGAUGUGGACGUACUGACUUCCAGGAGGGUUGUCCGCGAAAUCUCUAUAACAACGUGCACGGCAAGAUCUUUACUCUCCCGGAGAACUUUCGCAUUUAUCCGGCACACGAUUAUAAAGGACAAUUGGAAAGCAGUGUGUGGGAGGAGAAGCGUUAUAACCCCAGACUGACAAAGGAUAUAGAAGAGUUUGUCAAAAUCAUGGACAAUUUGAAUUUGCCAUAUCCCAAGAAAAUAGAUGUCUCUGUACCCGCCAAUCGGGAGUGUGGGGUGUACGAUAUUCCCAAGGAGUAAGAAGACAACCCGCAGGCAGCUUAUACUAUAAGUUUCUCAAAGAGAUGUGUAAUCUUUAAAAUAAAUAUGCAUACAUUACUUAUCAAGAUAAA